UUGUGCGCAUAUCACUCGAGUAUCCUAGGGGAUGGUUCAUUUACCAUGUCGACCACAACUACUACGACUGAGACGUUGAUUGCGAGGCUUGUUUGGGAGCCAUGGGAGAACUGUGGCUGGAAGUCUCCCGCUGUUGAGCAUCGAGGUGAGUCUGGUGUGGUUUCUUUAGAGUGAUUGCGGGCAAUGAUUCUGGACGGGGGAAAUCGAUGGCGGUCUCAAUGGCGGUCUACACUCAUGCUUGCUUGUCUUCCCUUCUCCUUCUCUCUCUUCUCUCCACACCGCCACACCGCCCGUCGAUCCUCAUUGGGGCCAACAUUUCAUCAUUCACCAUCCAUUCAUUAUUGCUUUUUUAUUCUUCACCACUUUUGAACGCCAAGAACAACCUCCGACAUUCCUCACGGACUCAAUCUCACAAUUUCAAGUCGGUCUUGCAACAUCUGCGACUGAUACAUCCCUGGAAGCCCCGAAAACUAAGAUUGCCCCUGGCUUACGGAGUACUACUUCUCUGCCUUGAUCUCUCCGUCGUGGCCGUGUCUAAUUCGUGUGUCCGACUUCGCUCCGACUGACUCACUCACGCGAUCAAAAUCGACCGCUUUUGCCCUGCGUCUCACCGCAUUCCAUCACAUCAUUUAUCACACGUCACGUGAAUCCAGCCGUUCAUUGAUCCCCCAGAAU